AUGUUACCAAAAAGAAGCACAAGGAUUAGGAUACUACCAAGAUGCCCAAGUCUAGACGGUGGAAGUCAAGAUAGAGAGGUUAUCGUCAAACUAUGGAUCUUCCGGUUGCAUCCUUUCGGUGCCUGCUGCAAUACCACACGAAGGAGGCACGAGGGCUGGGAUACUGCCAGGAUGCACAAGUCUAGACAGGGGAAGUUGAGAGGCAGAGGUCAGUUCGCGCCACAGACCUUCCGGUCAGUAAAUUCGCGCUCUAACCACUUGGUCCACGUCACCCCGAAAAAACACGAGGGCUGGGAUACUGCCAGGAUGCACAAGUCUAGACAGGGGAAGUUGAGAGGCAGAGGUCAGUUCGCGCCACAGACCUUCCGGUCAGUAAAUUCGCGCUCUAACCACUUGGUCCACGUCACCCCGAAAAGUAGCCAGUACUGUAAUGUGGUGACAGAUUUCAACGGACAGACUCUCCCAAAGACUAACACUAGUUGUAUUUCUAUAUAUUUGUGUCCCCACAUUCUGUUCCUGUCACCCAUCGACCCCACGUGUUCUGGUGCUCACAGAAUAAACUGA